GAGGAGGAAAAACAAAAAAAGCAUCUUCAAUUUUCUAACAAAAUUUAUAAAUUUUCUUUUAUAUUCUGCUUUAAAAAAUGUCCCGGCAAUCAUCUCGAUUAGAUACGAAAAAAGUGUGAACUUCUGCCUACUCCGCCUCCUACAUUUCUUGGAUUUGAUAUAAUCGUAUUGUGCAAAAAAAUAAAAAUAAAUAUCUGCAAUGGAGAAUUCAACAAACAAUGAUCAAUCACAAAAUAAUCAAUCCCAACAACAACAACAACAAAUUCGACAACUCACUCAAGGUGGACAAACAGCACAACUCCAAGUCAUCCCCGUAAUGCCAAAUGGUGGCGGACAACUGAUUCUCGGUCAACAAGUCCACCAGGGACAACAACAACUCAUCCCUUUGCAAGGAGGUCAACUUAUGCUACAAUCGGCACCUCAACAAUCAUCACAGCCAGUUCAAUUGGUCCAGCUUCCCGAUGGCCAAACUUUCCUCUAUCAACCAGCCAUGUCUGUGGACCCUAAUCAAUCCCAGGCGGCAUCAUCCCAACCGCAAAUCAUCAACAUCAACGGCCAAUUGAUUCAAAUUCCAGCUGGAAACACACAAAACCUAACAAACACUCAGCCACAAAUCAUAGUGAUGCCACAAUCCACUGCGAAUCCCGUCAAUUCGAAUAAUGUGCCUCAAUCGGCCACGGCCUCAACUAACACUAACACCCAACCAAUUGUCGAAACACAACAACAAACUACGAAUGUCGGCACAAUAACCAAUUCCGCAGAUGAGGAAAUCAAACCAGAAGCUGAGGAAGAACCACUUUAUGUGAAUGCAAAGCAAUACAAACGGAUUCUAAUACGCAGACAGGCUCGAGCUAAGCUGGAGAGCAGAAUACCAAAAGAACGUUCGAAAUACCUGCACGAGUCGCGACACAGGCACGCUAUGAAUCGUGUAAGAGGUGAGGGUGGCCGGUUUCAUUCUACGCCUGGGGUCCCCGAGAAGCACAGCAGCUCCCAAUCCCAUCACAAUUCUCGUUCGAUGCCCAGUCGUCCGGUGAUGCAGCCGAAGCUAAUUGCGCCACAUCAACAUCAAUCGCCCACCAUUACAAUAACCGUCAUCAAAUAGGGGAAAAGGGGAACUUUUGAAUAUAAUCUUUUAUAUAACCAAUCACAUAUAGCUUUAAGAAUAAAAUCGUGUCCUAGUUUGUAA